UGUAGAUACUGUAGGUGUAGUACUGUAGUCAUGUAGAGUACCUAAAUAGCUAAAUAGUGAAUAGAAUAAUGUAAAUUGUUCAAUUGUUCAUUGUUUAGUUUUAAUAUUUCAAUUUUUAAUAGAAAUUUAAAAGUUUUAAAUUGAUUUACACUCAAUUUACGUAUAACACUAUAGUAUUUACUAAUUUGAAUUUCAAUAUGUCUUCUAAAACAAUUGAUCAAGACGAUUCAGAAAACUUCAAAAUUCUUGUAGCAACAGAUAUACAUUUAGGUUUCGAAGAAAAGAAUUUAAUUCGAGCUGAUGACACAUUCAAUACAUUUGAAGAAGUAUUACAAUUAGCAGUCAAAAAUAAAGUUGAUUUUAUAUUGUUAGCUGGUGAUUUAUUUCAUGUCAACCAGCCUUCAGUAGCAUCUUUAGAAAGAUGCAUUUCUCUCUUGCGUACUUAUUGUUUGGGAGACAAACCUAUAAAUAUGGAAUUUGUUUGUGACCAAGCUGAAGUAUUUAAACAUUGCAAUCAUCCCAUUGUCAAUUUUGAAGACCAAAAUUUAAAUGUUUCAAUUCCAGUUUUUUCAAUUCAUGGCAAUCAUGAUGAUCCAUGUGGCUAUAGAGAGAUGUCAUGUAUGGAUUUGUUAAGUUCCAUGGGAUUAAUUAAUUACUUUGGCAAGCAAACAAAUCUUCAAGAGCUUAAAAUAAAUCCUAUACUUUUAAAAAAAGGUUCAAAUAAAAUUGCUAUUUAUGGUUUGAGUCAUAUCCGAGAUGAAAGAUUGGAACGACUAUUUAAGGAUAAAAAAGUAUUUAUGAAUCGCCCAUUAGAAGAUGUAGAUGAUUGGUUUAAUAUAUUUGUGUGCCAUCAAAAUCGUGUAAACCGGCCAGGUACAAAAUAUUUAUCUGAAAAAUGUAUUCCAAGUCAUAUAAUGCUCACCAUUUGGGGACACGAACACGAAAGUUUAAUUGAUCCUGUUCGAGGGGACUCAAGUUCAGGUUAUAUUUGCCAGCCAGGUAGUACUGUAGCAACAUCUAUGUGUGAAGGAGAAGCAGGUACUAAAUAUGUUGGACUGUUAACUAUAAGCGGUAAACGUUUCAAAAUAGAACCACUUGAAUUGAAAACGGUUAGGCUGAUGCAUUUUGAAACGGUAAAAUUGUCAGAAUGUGAUGAAGAUGUUAGUAAUUCAAAAAAAACUCAAGAUUUUGUAAGAAGAAAAAUUGAAGAUAUCUUAUUGAGUUUGAGUCUUAAAUAUAGUGAUCACCAUAAACAACCAAAAUUACCAUUAAUACGACUUAGAGUUGAAUAUACUUUUGAAACUCAACAUUUUAAUGGUAUUCAAUUUGGUCAAGAAUUUCAAGACCGUGUUGCGAAUUCUAAUGAUAUGAUUUUAUUAAGAAUGGAAAAGAAAAGUGCUCAAAAAAAAACUAAGUGCAUUGAUGACCAAGUGCUUUCAAAUAUUAUGGACAAUGAAGAAAUGGAUAAUAUUGAACAUAUAGUAGAUCAAUAUUUUAGAACUGCUAAUGAGGAAAAUCAAUUAGAAUUAUUAUCUGUAGAUGGUAUGGCUGAAGGAGUUGAUUGGCUUGUAAAUAAAUUGCAUCCUGAUGCAAUAAAUAAAGUUGUAACACAUCAGAUGAAGAAAAUGAAAAAUUAUGUUAUAAAACAAGAGGAUUUAAAUGAAAAUAAUAUAAUAGAGCACAUUAGGAGUUAUCAUAGUUCUCGCACCCAAAAAUCAAAAGAUGAAGUUAAUGAUGUUCGUGAAGUAUUAAUUUCCCAGCAACAUACAACUCAAUUAUCUAGAACUCAAAAUGAUUCUGAUUCUGACUCAAGUAUUUCAUAUGCUAAAUCGGAUAAUGAAGAAAUUAGUAAUGAUUCUUCUGCAAGUACAAGUAUUCAAAAUGUUCGAGGAAAAAGAGGUCGCGGUAGCAGAGGAUCUAGAGCUACUACCAGAGCUAGAGGAAGAGCAAAAGGCCAGACUAAACUCAAUUUUUAAAAAAUAAAUAAAUAUUGUCAUCUUAUGAAUAUUUGUUCUUAUUUACUGUAACUUUAUUUGUUUAUAAGUUUAUUAGUAAUAACUUAUAGAUUAUUAA